AUUCACCUCCCCGCCAUUUUUCACCAUGCUUAAGCUUAAAACUCAUACUCCUCACCAGUCCUCUAUUCAAUUCUCAGUCUGAAACCCUAACCGAGUUUGUCCCCGAUUCAAUUGCACCUACCGGAGGGAGGACGACAAAUAUGGCGGCAGCGGUGACUCCAGAUGCGGUUUCCACUAUCUUAGCGAAUCCCUGUCCCGAUUCGUCUUCAGAAUUGCCCGAAAUCAUCGUGCAAGUGGUCGAUCUGAAGCUCGCCGGCUCAAAAUACAUGUUUGUAGCGAACGAUGGAAAAAAUAAGGUGAAGACUCUGUUGCAGUCGUCAUUAUCAUCCUUAGUCAACUCUGGAGAGAUCCAGAAUUUGGGACUCAUUCGUGUUAUCGACUACACCUUGAACGACAUUCCAACAAAGAAUGAGAAGUUUUUGAUAAUAACCAAGUGUGAGGCCGUAUUGCCUGCGCUAGAUUCAGAGUACAGAGGUGAGGUGGAGGUUGGGAGUGGUAUUACAUUAAAGCCAAAGCAGGAAUCCAUGGUUAAGAUGGAGAAGAAAGUUAAUGUUUCUGAUUCUUGUAUGAAGCCAAAGAAGCAAGAAGUUGGGGUUAAAUCCGCUGCUGAAAUAGUUUAUGAACAGCACGGGAACACGGCGCCGGCUGCGCGAAUGGCUAUGACACGGAGGAUCCAUUCGUUACUUUCAUUGAAUCCUUAUCAGGGAUACUGGACAAUUAAAGUGAGGGUCACUAACAAGGGCAAUAUGAGGUCCUACAGGAAUUCUAGAGGAGAAGGUUUUGUGUUCAAUGUAGAACUGACUGAUGAAGAUGGCACACAAAUACAAGCUACUAUGUUCAACGAGGCCGCGAGGAAGUUCUUUGACAAGUUUCAGAUGGGGAAAGUGUAUUACAUAUCAAAGGGAAGCCUGAAAGUAGCAAACAAGCAAUUCAAGACUGUGCAGAACGAUUAUGAGAUGACCUUGAAUGAGAAUUCCCAAGUGGAGGAGGCGAGUGAUGAGUCAACUUUUAUCCCCGAGACGAAGUUCAACUUUGUUCCCAUUGAUGAACUCAGUCCAUAUGUCAAUGGAAGGGAACUUGUUGAUGUUAUCGGUGUGCUCCAAAAUGUGUCUCCUACAAUGAGCAUUCGAAGGAAAAGCAACAAUGAGAGUAUUCCCAAGCGCGACAUUACCAUUGCUGAUGAGACGAAGAAAACAGUCGUGGUUUCUUUAUGGAACGAUCUUGCAACAAAUGUAGGACAAGAGCUGCUCACAAUGGCCGAUAAAUCCCCUAUAGUUGCGAUCAAAUCUGUUAAAGUUGGUGAUUUUCAGGGUGUGUCGUUGUCAGCGCUAAGCAAAAGUCUUGUUGUCAUCAAUCCGGAGACACCGGAAGCCAAAAAGUUGAGAUCAUGGUUCGAUUCUGAAGGUAAGGACACUUGUUUGGAUGCUGCUGGAGCUGGCUUGAGCCCUGCCCUUAAAGGCGGAGCUCGAUCCAUGUACUCGGAUAGAGUCCCUUUAGCUCAUAUCACUGGCAACCCAACCUUGGGAGAGGACAAGCCGGCAUUUUUCUGCAUCAAAGCAUACAUAAGCUUCAUCAAGUCUGACCAAGCAAUGUGGUACCGUGCGUGCAAGACGUGCAACAAGAAAGUCACUGAUGCUGUUGGGUCUGGGUACUGGUGCGAAGGGUGCCAGAAGAACGAGCAAGAUUGCAGCUUGAGGUAUGUGAUGGUGGUCAAGGUUUCGGACGCAAGCGGCGAGGCUUUCCUCUCCGUUUUCAAUGACCAAGCUGAGAAGAUCAUGGGAUGCACUGCAGACGAGCUACACGAGUUAAGAUCACAGGAGGAUGGCGCGUAUGAAAUGAGGCUGAAGGAGGCGCUAUGGGGGGGUCAUGUUUUCCGGGUGAGCGUGAGGCCGCAUGAAUACAACAAUGAGAAGAGGCAGAGGAUCACGGUUAGAGGCGUUGCUGGAGUUGAUUAUGGAGCUGAAUCCAAUCAUUUGAUCCAACACCUAUCCAACAUCACAAUCUAAUAUUAGUAUUCCUUGUGUUGUUCAUCAUGACGAUGAUGAUGAUCCAAAUAAUUUGUAAUACACUAGGGUGCCAUUGUUUGGAGAUUUUUCUUAAAUUUCACUAUUUAUUCAAUUUUUUUA